AUGGCCACAGUACGUAGUUGGUACCUCGACUCCAUUGGAGUAUACUUGAUGUCUCUCCUGCAACGAAAUCCAUCGAAUACUUUCAGUACUCCACAAUACCACACAACAAAUGGGACUAACAAGAGAAACAAAGGCUACAAUUAUGAUCUUGAAGAUGAACUAAGCAACAAGGUUGAUGAUAGGGUUUAUACAAGAGUCCUUGAAGUUCAUUUAACACGUUAUGGGGGUGUUGUUUCCAUUCGAGUUUGCUACGAUCUGAAUGGACAAGCAAUAUGGGGAAGCAAAAAUGGAGGAAGUGGAGGAAUUAGAUUGGACAAGGAUAUUAUGGAUCAACAAGGGCCUACAGUUGUGAAAUCACUCACAUUUGACACCAACAAAAAGAAGUAUGGACCAUUUGGAGAUGAACAGGGGAUUUCUUUCUCCUCUGGAUCUAAUAAUGGAGUCAUUGUUGGAUUUCAUGGAAGAAAGGGAUGGUUCAUCGAUAGCAUUGGAGUCCAUGUAAUCCUUGGAGCGGCGAAGGAAGCAGCUCCGCCAGUAUCAGGGCCAUGGGGUGGGGGUGGAGAUAAGCCCUGGGAUGAUGGAGUGUUCUCUGGGGUGCACAAAUUUUUCUUGACCAAAGGAGAAGCCAUAUAUUGUAUACAAAUCAAGUAUGACAUAAAUGGCCAAUCUGUUUGGUCAGUUAGGCAUGAAGGUGGUAGUGAAGGAAGCUCUAAUAUGAUAAAUAAGCAUAUCAAAUUUGACUACCUUAAUGAAAAGUCCUCGUAA